UGCCACCUGUCAGUGUCUAUCAGUGCCUUGUGUCAGUGCUCAUCAGUGCCUCGUGCCAGUGCCCAUCAGUGCCACAUCAAUGCCACAUAUCAGUGCCUACCAGUGCACAUCAAUGCCACAUAUCAGUGCCCAUCUGAGCUGCCUUUCAGUGUCACCCAUCAGUGCCAGUCAGUGCCACCUAUCAAUGCCAAUCAUCAGUGUCGCCUAUCAGUGCCAGUCAGUGCUGCCUAUCAGUUCGCAUCAGUGCCACCGAUCAGUGCCAGUCAGUGCUGCCUAACAGUGCCAGUCAGUGCUGCCUAUCAGUGCCAGUCAGUGCCGCCUAUCAG